UCUAAAAUGGCGAACCGUACAGUGAAGGAUGCGCACAGUAUCCACCGCACCAAUCCUCAGUAUCUGGUGGAGAAGAUCAUUCGGACGUGAAUCUAUGAGUCCAAGUACUGGAAAGAGGAGUGCUUUGGACUGAUGGCUGAACUUGUAGUCCAUAAAGCCAUGGAGUUGAGGUUUGUGGGUGGUGUCUACGGUGGCAACAUAAAGCCAACUCCCUUUCUGUGUUUGACCUUGAAGAUGCUUCAAAUUCAACCUGAGAAGGAUAUCAUUGUAGAGUUUAUCAAAAAUGAAGAUUUCAAAUAUGUCCGUAUGUUGGGAGCACUUUACACAAGGCUGACAGGCACUGCAAUUGAUUGCUACAAGUACUUAGAGCCUCUCUACAACGACUAUCGAAAAAUCAAGAGCCAGAACCGAAAUGGGGAGUUUGAACUGAUGCAUGUAGAUGAGUUUAUUGAUGAGCUGCUGCACAGUGAGAGAGUCUGUGAUAUCAUUCUACCCCGGCUACAGAAACGUUAUGUGCUAGAGGAAGCUGAGCAGCUGGAGCCUCGGGUCAGCGCUCUAGAAGAGGACAUGGAUGAUGUGCAGUCCAGUGAAGAGGAGGAAGAGGAGGAUGAGACGUUGGAGAGAGUACCCUCACCUGAUCACCGCCGGAGAAGCUACCGAGACUUGGACCAGCCCGGUCGUUCUCCCACAUUGCGCUAUUGGAGGAGUAGAAGCCGGUCUCCCAGAAGGCGGAGUCGGUCUCCUAGAAGGAGGAGCCCCUCCCCUCGCCGAGAAAGGCAUGGGAGCAAAAGCCCAAGACGUCACCGCAGCAGCUCUCGAGACAGACUGCACAGAUCCCGCUCCAAGUCCCCAGGUCAUCACCGUAGUCAUAGACACAGGAGCCACUCAAAGUCUCCGGAAAGAUCUAAGAAAAGCCACAAGAAGAGCCAGAGAGGCAAUGAGUAAUGGACUCAGUUUGGUAUUAGUCCAAAUGGCCACCUGUGGAUCCGAAGGCAUCUAUGUGGAAGGAUUAAGAUCUACUCCCCAGGCAGCUAUGAGAAUAUUUUAGCUCUUUUUAACCAAAUUUCUCCACUUUUCUUUUUCUUAAAUG